AUGCCUUCACCGUCAGACUCCAGCAGCGUGGCCUCUGCCUCGGGGUCUCGAGGAUGGUCGGACAGCCGCAGGGGCAUGUCGGGCCGUGGGCCUGGUGGUGCACGGCUGCUCCUGUACCUGGGGCUGUGCCACCUGGGCCUAGGGGCCAUGGUCCUGGCCUUCUCUUUCACCAGCAUGGCCUUCACCUCCUCGGCUCGCGUGAGGCAGUCCUGUCCAUUUUGGGCUGGCUUCUUUGUGGUGGCGUCAGGAAUAGUGGGGAUAAUCUCAUGGAGGAGACCUUUGACACUGGUGGUGUCACUGUUCAUGCUGCUGUCAGCAGUGUGUGUGAUCCUCAGUCUGGCCGGCUCGAUGCUCUCCUGUCAGAAUGCACAGUUGGUCAAGUCCAUGCUCACCUGCCAGGUAGAGAAUGGUCUGUGUGUGUGUUGCGCGCCCACUCAGUCCUGCUCCAUCACAGAAGAGGAGACCCUGGUCCUCUACCUGAAUGCUGACUGCCACUCGGUCAGACAUCAGCUGAAGGACCUUUUGUUCAGUGCUUGUGGUCUCAGCAUUCUGUCAACCAUCAUCUGUACUUUGUCCACCGUGACCUGCAGUAUUCACAUAUUCUCCCUGGACCUUGUGCACCUGCUGGCCCCCCAUCGCUCUCGUUCAGUCAACCCAGAAUGCACCACUCCUCAGGAUGCCUUCCUGACCAACAUCAUGGACUUUGAGGAGUUUGUCCCACCCAUCCCUCCGCCUCCCUACUAUCCUCCUGAGUACACCUGCAGCUCUGAGACAGACGCUCAGAGCAUCACAUAUAAUGGCUCCAUGGAGAGCCCUGUUCCCCUGUACCCCACUGACUGCCCCCCUCCUUAUGAAGCUGUGAUGGGACAGAGAGCUGCCAGCCAGGCAACAAUGUUUGACCCCCACGGCACUGAGCUGUCUGGAGAGAGAGGAACUUCUACUGCCUUCAGUGGAGAAGUGUCCAUGGACAGUGGAUCUCUGUUGAUGUCAGAGAUUGUGGACAUCCCUGAUGAUUCCUCCCCAUCGGAGGACUCCUGUCUGAUGGAGGUUGGGCUAAGGCCCCAUGGGGAGAGAGGCAACAGGUCCGCUGGUGAGGGGGAAGACGGAGGAGAGUACAUCAACUUCCGUUGUCCUCCAUCUCACACACCAGAGAGUCCCCUGGCAGGAGGGCCAAGAGCCCGGUGCUUCCUCAGAGGAGAGAGGUCCAACUCCUGCUCAUCUCCCAGCACAGCCACCACAACGUACAGGUCUCCAGUAUUGCGUCGCCAAGCCAUGCUAGCUAGUAGCUGUUCUCAGCUGGACGCAAUAGGAGGCUCCAUCUCUGAACAGCAAUCCUCCAUCCCAGAGAUUCGAGUUCGCCCCUCCACUCCCUCACGCCAAGGAGCUGCUCCGACCUCCUCUGCUCCUCCCACUUCAUCCUCCUCGGCUGCCAGUGAGCAGGGCAGUGGUCUGGGUAACGGGCCGCCCCUCCCACGUCAACCAUUGUACUUUCGACGAAGGGCAGGGAAGAGUGAGAAGGAUGGAGAGAGUGUAAGAGGGGAUAGCGAAGGGCUGCUACGCCUCGUGAGGUCACACAGUGAGCCAGGCCUCGGCUCCUCGACUGAUACAGUUGACUUUGGCUCUGGAAGCAGCAAGGCAUCUGUAGACACAGGUCCAUCCUCUGAGGCGUGUCUGUUGCCCCGCACUUCUUUGCCUCCUGCUGCAGCUUUGCCCAGAAAAGGCAGCAUGAAAUCAACAGCCACAGGGGUGCAGGUCCCUGCCAAACCUCCACCGACGUCGCCACUGCGUUUACCUAAAGACUGCCACCGUUCCCUUGGAGACCUCAAGGUGACUCGAGUCCUCGUCGCUCGUUUCCUGCAGCGCUCCAAACGGAACCUAGCUCCCUCCUCCGAGCAUCCUGGGAGCACAGGGCAGGGGCCUAAGAGGCGGAGUGGUACUGAGGGUGCUGCCACCAACCACCUACCCCUGGAGCAAAUAUUGAGGACCUCUUGGAGCACCGGCCGAGGACAACCCAACCCUCACACUCAUCAUCCACCUCAUCAUCGUGGACACCACCAUUCCCAUAGUGACAGUCGACACAACCGGCACUGUAGCGGCUGGGCACCAGAGGGGAUCCACCUGCGCAGCUGUGGAGAUUUAAGCUCCUCCUCCUCGGUGUCACUAUGUCGAUUGGUGACGCCUUAUCCGACGCAUGGGUCAUCGGGUGCUCUCUACUCAGAGUCUGCACUGUGAGGAGGGGAGAAGGUUGACGGAGGGAUUGGAGGAAAAUAGAGGCAUACAAAAGGGCAGGGUUGUAGGGCAAAAAAGGCAGGUUGAUGAUAAGGAGACUCUAAGGCAGGAUUUAGUCAACUGAAAACAUCUAGUAUUGAAAUUUUGAACAUCUUCACUCCUUUUUGUCACUUCCGUUUCCUGAACCCAACUGUGCAAAUGGCCUUAUUCAGUGGUGCUCUUUAUCACUCGGAAUAUCAACCAGGAGCUCAAACUUAUUUCACUCUUCAACAUCAGUGAAACAGGCAUUUGAUGCUUAUUUCUGGCAAGUGUGGUCUGUCUUCUAACAGAACAAAUCCAUUAUGAGCUGAGACAAACCUACCAGAAGCAUCUUUUCCCCUGUACUCUCCACUUCCCUCCUCUCAAUAUUCAUCUGCAAACAUCCCUUUCCUCAAGACUGGAGACAGAACUCAACUAGCGUUCUUGCUACAACAACCAUUUACUCAUGUACAUUCAAUCUAUUGCAUAAGUAUGGGUUGCAAUAUGCAUCUGGCCCUUUUGUACAUUGCUAUAUAUCCACAGGAUCGCUCAGGUGACGUGAUCAUAGAAACUCUUAUUUUGUCUUCCAUUGAUUAAAAAAAAUGCAUCUCAAUAAACAUAUAGUUAGCUGAGUACUAUGUAAGAUAAGCAGAUGAGGUUUCACAUGAGGACAAAUGCACUCACAUGGAAAACCCUAUACUGAGUUGCUAAUUUUGACUUUUUCUUUUUGCAAGUCAGAUUCCCACUUUUUCCACACUUUGACAGCCCCGCAUUGACAUUCAGAGAAAGGCAGCCAGCAUUUCUAACACUGACUUUACUGCACGCCACAGACACACGUUCAGCCUUUGAAAUCUAUUCUCUGUGUGUGGCCACUGGACAUGAUGGUUUGAUUUGCAUAUGUGCAUGUUUUGCUAUAGCCUCCUGGAUACAGCAGGAACCUUGACCGUCUGUGUAACUAAGUAACAUGUCCUCAGAAUGUCGUUAUCUGCAUGUUUUGACAGUGCUUAUUACUUUUUCUCCUCUUGCACCCAAGACCUAUGACAGUAGCCAUUUGAAUUGUGUUUGUGUUAAUAGAUAGCUGAAAGGAAUGGUCAGUCAAAGAUAUGCAGUGUUCCCAAAGUUUACUUGCCAGAUGGCUCCAAAAAUGCCUCUGCAUCUUAAUUUGAUUUUGAUGGGUUUUGAAAAUGUUUGGAGUGCACAGGCAUAUCUAUGACAAAGGCUAAAGCAGCCUGAUCCUAUAAGAUAAAGAGGUUUAAAUUGCACUGUGACUCAGACGACAUGAAGAGUCUCUUGCAGUAAAUGUAAAGACAUUAUUUUUCACAAAGUUGUGCUUCACACUAUGUGUUGGCACGGUUCACUUUGGACUUGUAGGAGGUUGUGUGUGGAUGGUUAAAUUAAAAAAAAACCCACAAAAAAGAAGUUCCCUUGGGCUGCAGACACUCCAGUGACAGUGAAAAUAUGAUGGGUCUGGCAGCUCUGGUUACUGGAAUUUGAAGUGCAUCAGUAUAUGCGUGUCAGAUUGGAGUUUUUUUCUUUGGAAAGUCUGACCCCAUAUAAGUAAAGGCACACUUUGGAGACACACAGAUACCGGCACACUCAUACACUCCCUUAUCAAGGCACUGAGCUAUGUUUCUACCUCCUGUCUUGCAUAAAACAUUAUUUAUUUGAAGAAAUGUAUAUCUGUAUGGCAGGCUUAGCAGGAUAGAGCCUUGAAUAAUAAAUGUAUCUUAAUAUGACACCUAUUCCAGAU